AUGACUUCUCCUAGUCCAUUUUGGGAAAAUAUCUUCCUCUCUGCUCGAGCGGCGUCUAGAUUAUUCGGAGCAAGUAGUACUGGGCUUGUCAUCGCCGUCAUAGUUUUGUAUUAUGUUUCCAAACCCAACGCCGAUGGGGUUGACCUCGAACUAUUCAAAAACCCCACUUUCGUGGUUAUUCUGCUUGUAGCUCAUUUAUGUGGCUACUUGAAGCUCCCUAAUAUCAGCCCAGCCAACGAGAGCCCAGAUGCGUCUCCUCGGAAAGGAUCUGGCACAAACAUUGUCUUCUUUGGAGCGAUUUUUUAUCUACUCCAUACCCUUCGCCUCAACUUGGUAGAUCUAGAUCCAUUCCACAGCCCAGCACUCCUUAUCGUUCUGGUUUUUGCUUACACAAAAGGCUAUCUGAGAUUCCCCGAGAGCAACUCGGCUGGCGAGGAUCCGGAAGUGUCUGAGUUCAAGAAAGCUCUACCAGCCAUCGAAGCAGUGACUACACGUUUAGCACCCUACGUCAAAAUUGGCUCAUUGGUCGUUUUACUUACGUAUAUUUCUAUCCAUUACGGGCUCGCACUUCCCUUGCGACCAUGGCUCCAUGUUUCUCUUCUUGCAGGCAUAGCCAUUAUCGGAUUCUUUGCACCGACUGCAAAGUUCUAUGGUCCAUUUCGUUUCGGCUACCUAGAAUACUCUGACCGUUUGUCCCGAUUGUACAAAUUCCUCGACUGGUGGUGCUGUGUUGCACUCUUCCUAUUUCCUUACCUGACAUCUUUUCAUCCGGAUGUUUUCUACUUAAUGCUCCUGCCAAUUCUUAGUCUUAGUCUCGUCGCCAUGUUAGUAGCUGCAUGGAUCUUUGUAUACGUUGAAUAUCGCAAACAGCUACUCGCCAUUACUCAUGCAGUUGCAGCUGAUAUUUCUCGCAUCACUAUUGCCGCCUCUUCUACAAGUGAAUUUGCUUCAAAAGUAUCCGAGUACGAUAAAGAGCUAUUUGAGGCUGCAAAAACCGCCAGACGCGACUCCUUAAAAGCCACAGCAAUUCGAAUCACAGACUUCUUUGUAUGCGGGACUACAGCCUGGGCCUCAUUCGCCGAGAUUACAGAGGCAGCGCGACGAAUAACAAGCAAAACUAAUGCUAUCGUGGAGGCAGCAACCAAUGUCGAGGACGCUGAGAAACCGGACCAUGUCCCUGGAGAUGAUGAAGGUGAAGAUGAAGAAGACGAAAGCCAGACACAGAUAUUGGCGCGGGAAUUACGAGAACAGGCAGAGGCAACUUCAGACAAGGUGGCAGAUGUGUUAGUAAGAGUCGAAGCUGCCCAGGCAAAGGUCCGCGAGUGCGAUAAUGCUCGAAAGCAAGACAUUGCUGCACGUGCCAUUGCCGAAAAAUAUGCAACGGCUGCCAGUCAUGCGGUAGUAAGACUUGAUAUCAGUUUGACAGACUCUCUAAAUGAAUCUCUGGCAGUAUCAGCUGCUGCAGAGAGGGCACGAAUAUUGGCGGAUCAAGCUAUCAUUUCUGCUACAUAUGGAGAAAUGGCGACAGCGAGAGGAACUGCAGCUUCUGUAAGAACUGAGGCAUCCACUGCUGAGUUUUCAGUGGAGAGAGGUCGUAGGGCCAUGGAUACCGCCCGUGCGAUCCUUCUCGAAUGGCUACAAGGAAAGUAG